AUGAUAUUCCCUCCAGCUUUCUUCACAAGUAUGAUUCAUGUGAUGGUUCACUUGCCAGAAGAGGCAUUGCUUGCUGGUCCGGUCAACUAUCAUGUGGACGCGGCUUUCAAUCGUCCUCAGCGCAAUAAUGACAGAGGUGUGAGAAAUGCGAAAUUUUCUGUUUUUGCCCAAAGCGCACGACCCUUUGGAGAUCCUGUACAAGGAGAAGCGUUUUCCAAAAAUGACAUGGAGGUGAAUAAGUUGAAAUCAGAGAAUUUCCCCAUUUACAUUGAAGAGUUAUAUAACUUGGCAUUCGUUCUAAUUAGCGCUGAAUUAUUCUCGGGUUGCCAUGUUAACGGCAUCAAAUUUUUGGGGACUGCACAAGAUGACAAAUUGUGUAUGCAAAACAGCAGUGUCCAUGUCCCAGGUGGAUGUGAAAGUACGGACAUUGAUUUCUAUGGCAAACUCACAACUGUCGUGCAAUUGCUUUACAAGGACCGAUCCCAAGUAAUCAUGUUUAAGUGUCGAUGGUUUGAUACGAACCCGAAUAGGCAGGGAAGUGUUAAAAUCGACCAUGGGUUACUAUCUGUGAAUAUUAAGAGAACUUGGUAUGAUGACGACCCUUAA